GGCCACCGGCAGCACCGUUCCGGUCGCACAGAACAGACGAAGCAAACCCAACGAAACGAGCGACGAUGCGGCGCGAGGGGCGGCAGCGAGGGUGGGUGCGCGUCUACGACCGCGCCCUGGUGGACCCGGAGGGCAAGCGCCGCGCCGUGCACGUUGUCGACGGCCCCGUGGUGGCCAACGGCGGCUACAUCAGGGCGUCCCGGAAGCCGACCAACCAGUCCAAGUCCGGCGGCCUCCGCGCCCUCGGCAGGGACGCCCUCACGCUAGAGGAGGACGAGGAGCCGCAGCCCCUUCCGCCCGAGGACAAGCGCUUCGGCUACUACUACUCCAAGGGGUGGCAGUCGCCGUUCAAGUACGAGGCCACCUCAGGGCAGUCGUGGAACUGGAAGUACGAUGCCGCCGAGCACGAGCAGGUGCACGCUCGUCAGCCGCUGGCGGCGCAUCUCGGGGGGAGAUCGGCGUGCAAGGGGAGCCGCAAGUUCAAGCACGACGAGAUCAAGACGUACUAUCUCGACGCGGCCGACGUAGUCGAUGAGCAGCUCGAUUCUCUCUGCUGUGAUUUCGAUUCAUGAGCGCACGGAACGGGGCGCAUUGCGGCCAUGAAAACAAGAAGAUAUUUUGUUUCCUUUUACUUCUGUUUUGCAAAUUUUCGGCAAAGAGGAGUUGUAGUAUUACUGGAUCCAAUGGGCCGAUGUGUAUCUUUGUCACGUUAAUUAUGAGUAUAUAUAUGUCCAACGCC